AUGGAAUUAGAAAAUAUAGUUGCAAAUACCGUUUAUUUAAAAGCAAGAGAGGGUGGUUCCGAUAGUAACAAGGGAAAAAGCAAAAAGUGGAGGAAAAUAUUGCAGUUUCCACAUAUCUCACAGUGUAUUGACCUUAUCAACAAAAUAGAUGUUCGUUACGAAUACGUAGUAGACCAACAGCCAAUAGGAAAACUUCUAUUCGAUCAGUUCUGCGAGCAAAAAGGGCCCGCCUACCACCGUUGCCUCCGAUUUUUAGAUGCCGCCAAACGCUAUGAGGUCGAAACCGAUGAACAGCGCCUCGAACUGGCCAAAGUUAUCAAAAAGGAGUUCAUGGUCGAGCAGGAGGGGCAGGAGAGCAUAUCCUUGCCAGAGUUGGGGGUGAUUUUUCCAACUAGCGACAAACUUACCAACGGUCAUAAAGACUUGUUCGCUCCGUGCGUCCAAGCUAUCAAAGAAACUCUCGCGGGUGAACCGUUUCGGGAGUUUACAGCCUCCAUGUACUUUCAUAGGUACUUACAAUGGAAAUGGCUGGAGUCGCAGUCAGUUACUUACAAAACCUUUCGGAUGUACAGGGUACUCGGGAAAGGCGGCUUCGGAGAAGUAUGCGCCUGUCAGGUUAGAGCAACGGGCAAGAUGUAUGCUUGCAAAAAAUUGGAAAAGAAGCGAAUAAAGAAGCGGAAAGGGGAAGCUAUGGUACUCAUAGAAAAACAGAUUUUACAAAAGAUUAAUUCCCGGUUUGUUGUCAGUUUGGCUUACGCCUACGAAACUAAAGACGCUUUAUGCCUUGUAUUAACUAUAAUGAAUGGUGGAGACUUGAAAUUUCAUAUUUACAACAUGGGUGGCGACCCAGGAUUAGAUAUAACGAGGGCGAGGUUUUAUGCCGCAGAAGUUGUGUGCGGCUUAGACCAUCUUCAUCAACAGGGCAUUGUAUAUAGAGACUGUAAACCAGAGAAUAUACUUCUAGAUGACGCAGGUCACGUGAGGAUCUCAGAUUUAGGCUUAGCUGUAGAUAUUCCCGAAGGAGAAUCUGUUAGGGGUAGAGUUGGAACCGUAGGCUAUAUGGCUCCAGAAGUAAUAGACAAUGAAAGAUACACCUUCAGUCCGGAUUGGUUCAGCUUCGGUUGCCUUCUGUACGAGAUGAUCGAGGGGCAGGCUCCCUUCAGAGCUCGGAAAGAAAAAGUAAAACGCGAAGAAGUCGAUAGAAGAGUCAAAUGUGAUCAGGAAAAAUACUCGAACAAGUUCAGUGAAGAUGCCAAAUCCCUGUGCCAACAAUUAUUAGCGAAGAGUCCCCAACAGAGGUUAGGAGGCAAGGCUGGUCGAUCUGGAGCCAGUGUAGUCAAACAACAUCAAUUUUUCCAUCCGCAUAUUAACUGGAGGCGGUUGGAGGCUGGUAUGAUAGAUCCUCCGUUCGUCCCAGAUCCUCAUGCGGUGUACGCGAAGGACGUGUUAGAUAUUGAACAAUUUUCAACUGUGAAAGGUGUAAAUAUAGAUGAAAGUGACGCUAGUUUUUAUAAUAAAUUUAGUACGGGUUGUGUUUCGAUACCGUGGCAGACUGAGAUGAUCGAAACCGACUGUUUUCGUCAGUUAAAUGUCUUCGGACCAAAUAGCACAAGAACGCCUGAUCUAGUACUACAACCGACGACUGUUUCAGAAAAUGAAGGCUGUUUUCCAUUUAGACGGAAGAAAAAACAACUUCCUAGAACUCGGCCCAUACCUAUCAACCCUACAUUGUUACCCCAACUAGCGGAAAGAUGA